AAUAAGAGCUGCGAAUCGGAAACGUAUUCACUUGCAGUCGCUCCUCCGUCUAUCGUCGUUGUAUCGUAAACGUAUCUAUACGACUCAUAUUAUUUGUCUGCCUCGAUCGAAAGUCUAGACAAAUAUAAAUAUACCAAAAUGAAUUCCUUCGGUUUCAUCGCUCUGGUCACUUUGUCGGUGGUGCUGUCCACCUCGGCCUACUACUACAGGACUUCUCCGAUUACGCUGUGCAUGAAGAGCGACUUCUCGUGGUGCACCAACGUGACUUAUCCCACAUAUUGCAUUAACAUGGACACCGUGGUCAUGAACGGCACCGGAAACAGCAACGGCACCGGAAACAGCAACAGCACCAGAAACUCAUCGAUUACCGCAUUCAAGACCAUCGAGUCGGUGAUUGUGACCGACGUCGACAGCACGGAGGACAAGUGCAUCGUGUUCUACGACACUUACAACUGCCAGGGCCAGAGCCUCGUGAUCAACGGUUCCAAGCACCCUUCGGCCAACCUCCACGAUUUCAGGUUCUCCAACAAAGCACAGUCCUACAGACAGUGCACCGAACGAGUGCUCUCCUAUCUCCGGGACAACAACUCCAACAACUAGGUUUAAGGUAUAAAGGCAAAUCCAACAACAACGGCUGUCCGAGUAAUUUAGUUACGCCAAAGAUUAGAGAUAUAAUAUUAUUAAAGAAACACAUUUUAUCACCACAAAAUGUAUGAUGGCUAAUCGUCAGAAUUAUUAAACAUUAACAUGAUCUAUUUGAUUUGUUUAGUUACAUAAAAUAUAAAUUAUAAUAAAAAGUUUUGAUCAAAAAAUGUCCACUUUA